CCGACCUUUCCUCUCCCCAUCUCUAUGGCUGGGUGGGGCGACUGGGACUUGAUUGGUUAACGCAGGCUAGGAUGUGAUGUUCUGAGUCCAGAGUCUGGGGGCUGUAGCUGAAAUAUGCUUUUGCUUAUGAAAGCUCGAGUCGCAGUGCAGGCUGCUUGCUAUUCAAAGGUAUAAGGAGGACCUGGGCUAGCAGAUCCAUUAUCACCAGGCUUCUUGCGCAUGUUUGUUUUCCCUUCCUCGUGUACAGAGUUAAAAGUAUCAGCUGUCCAUACAAAAAAGAAAGGCGAAAUCUAAUGUCGCCCAAACACAUCCAAGAAAGUGGAAGUAAAGAUGGAAAUAAACCCUAGAGAGCCAUUCGUUGUCAGGCACAGCCGACGAUGGGCUAGAUGGACUAAUGGACUUGAUCGUUAUGUUGUAUUAUCACCACGGAUGUUGUUGAAAUAUAAUCUGUUCAUCAGAUGGGUGUUCCUGCACGAGAAGGCCUACCAGAUAAGAGACACCUCCAUUGAGUCCUCUGUGGUGACAAAGGUGAAGGGCUUUGGCAAGUACAGCAACCGGGUUAUGGACACAGCUGAUUACGUUACACCUCCGCAGGGAACCUCAGUCUUUGUUAUCAUCACUAAACUCAUUGUGACUGAGAACCAGGUACAAGGCUUCUGCCCUGAGAAUCAGCCAGUGUACAAAUGCAAGUUGGACAAAGAUUGCAAGAAGCCUGGCCCCACCGCUACAGGAGCAGGUAUUCUGACGGGCCGAUGUGUUAAUUACAAUUCCACUUUCCAGACCUGUCAGAUCCAGGGUUGGUGCCCAGCAGAGGUGGACAAUGUAGAUGUACCUGUCAUGCUAGAAGCAGAAAACUUCACCCUCUUCAUUAAGAACAGCAUCCGCUUCCCCCUGUUCAAUUUUGAAAAAGGAAACCUCUUACCCAACCUUACAGCUGAAGAGAUUAAGAGUUGCCGCUUCAACCCGGUGGAGCAACCCUUUUGCCCCAUCCUGCGCCUUGGAGACAUAGUGAAAUUUGCCGGGCAAGACUUUGCCUCAUUGGCUCACACGGGUGGGGUAAUCGGGAUUAAGAUUGGAUGGGUGUGUGACCUGGAUCUUUCUUGGGAUCGCUGCGUCCCCAGCUAUUCUUUUAACCGGCUUGACAGAGUCUCUGAAAAAAACAAAGUCUCUCCUGGAUACAAUUUCAGAUAUGCCAAGUACUACAAGCAAGAUAAUGGCACAGAGUUCCGCACACUGAUGAAGGCAUAUGGCAUUCGCUUUGAUGUUCUGGUUUAUGGGAAUGCUGGAAAAUUCAACAUCAUCCCAACUCUCAUCAAUACCGUGGCAGCUUUCACAUCUGUUGGGGUGGGGACGGUCCUGUGUGACAUCAUUCUCCUCAACUUCCUGAAGGGAGCAGAUCAAUACAAGGCCAAGAAAUUUGAACAGGUGUCCGAGAAAGUGUUGCAUCCAGGCACUUCCAGCAGUCCCAUGUACCAGAGCAACCAGACACUGGGAGGUCGUUGUGAGGAGAAGCAGUCAACUGAUUCAGGCGCUUACUCAAUUGGGCUCUAACAAACACAGAAAUGUGAAGAGGACAUUAAGAAGUUCCCCAUGUUGCUCUUCUGUCAUGGGAGCUGCCCUCCACACCUGCACAUCAGUUUGGAUCCUUCUAUCUUAUUGUACCACUGAAGGAGCUGGCUGGUUCAGUAAAAGCUGGUCCACUAGGGCAAAUGGGGCAGUGCCCCACCAAUCGUAGUCUGCCCCUGGCCACCCCAUCGUAUCUGCUGGCCUUUUUACUUAUAACCAGGCCAGGGCCUGGCCCUGUCUAUCUGUUUUCUCCUUGUUAAUCUCAGGUUUGCCUUUGUGGAACUCAGCAGGGAGGAGGAUGGGGACAAAACUAGAAUUAGUUGGCUCCACCUAUCAUUGGCGUUGGCUUGGUCUAUUGUUUCCCCGCAAUCCACCCUUCCAGUCUCAAUGGGCACCAGCCACCACUGGGUUGGUUGGUUUACUUAAUGCUUCCCAUUUUUAUUCCCCCCUCCCCACUGGCUUUUUUCUUAAGGAAGGCCUACCUCAAGUCUUCUCAACCCAGUAACUCUUAUUCCCUUCCUUGAGAAAAUGGCCACAACAAAAAGUGAUAGUUUUAAAAGGGGAGAUCUCUAGGUCCCCAAAAUCUAAAUACUAAAAUGUGUGCACUAAAAUGGGG